AUGCCAGUCAACCUGCUCGCCGCUCUCUCUCUCGCGUACAGCAGCCCGCCUCCCAUCAUCGGCGGCCAGGGCGAGCUCCGCUUCGAGUAUCGGCCCGAUCGCCUCGUGCUGCCAAAGGGAGCGUCGCUUCGCAACGCGCACGGCCUCGUCACGGACGCCGCAGGCCGCAUCUACUUCACCUACGAGCACGGCGGCAACGACACAAACUGCCUCGUCCGCUGGGAGGCGGACGGAACCGGCGCUCGCUUCCUCACCGCAGGCGGCAAGGCGCUUUGCGAGGGCGUGCCGCACGGGCUGCAGCUCAGCGACGAGGAGGGGCACGAGUUUCUGUACCACGCCAACAACGAGCAGAAGCUCACAAAGACGCGGCUGGACGGCAGCAUCGUGUGGCAGCGCUCCGGCAACUUUGGGCAGGACCCGCGGCUGCCGUACCGCCCGACGUGGUUUGCGACGCCGCCCGGCCCGUUUGUCUACCUUUGCGACGGCUACGGCAGCAACAGGAUAUACGCCUUCGACAAGCAGUCCGGCGCGUGGGCGGCGGGGCGGGUCUGGGGCGGCAAGGGCGGCCGCGAGCAGCACGGAAACUUCUCAACGAACCACGGCUGCACGUACGACGUCACGGCCGACAGGAUUGCGGUGAGCGACCGGGCCAACUCGAGGAUCGAGUUCUACGACUACGGCAGAGCCGGCGAGCCGGCGCUCGAGUACAGCCACACCCUCGACCUGCGCGGGACGAUGGGCGGCGGCUCCCUCCCCUGCAACCUGCGGACCUACCCCGGGCAGGGCGGGCGGGGCAUCUCGCCCGACCUGUCCGGCCCUGUCGCGGUGCUCGACGCCGCCGGCCGGGUCGCGUCGGUCGUCAACGUGAGCGUCCUCCUCGGCCCGCUCGGGCACCGCCACCCGCACGACGCCAUCCUCCUGCCGAGCGGCGACAUGGCGGUCGCCGAGUGGAACCCGGGCUUCGUCACGUACUGGAAGAGGCUGCCCAGCCCGGCUCGGGCAGGGGACGUCGUCGGUUAG